GUUGGUAAUCCUCGUCUGAAAAAGCCCGUUGUGUCGUGGGACUGAGAACUGGGGGUGAGACAGACAGACAGACAGACCCAGCCUGCAGUACGGAGCCGCAGCCUCGCAGCCAGGAGUCUCUCAGCACGGACCUGUCACAUCACAGUACUGCAGCCCCACAGAGGACCCAGGCACCUGAAGAGCGAGAGAGAAGAACAGAGCGCAAAAGAGAGGAGAAGAGAGGAGACCAAGCACAGGGUACGGCGAGGGCACCACACCACUUCACACCAGCCAGAAAUGCAAACACCACCAAACUUUUGGAGAAACGACUAAACUUUUUUCCUCUUGAUCAAAAGGAGACCUGAGCUGAGUUACACAGGACCUGAUAGUUGGGUGAACAGCAGGGCUAUACUGUACCUAGAGUGGGUUCUAGGGUGAUCCGAGAGUGUUCCCGAGAGUUCCCGGGAGAGUUCCAAGCGUGUUCUAGAGUGAGUUCUAGGGUGAUCCGAGAGUGUUCCCGAGAGUUCCCGGGAGAGUUUCAAGCGUGUUCUAGAGUGAGUUCUAGGGGGAUCCGAGAGUGUUCCCGAGAGUUCCCGGGAGAGUUCCAAGCGUGUUCUAGAGUGAGUUCUAGGGUGAUCCGAGAGUGUUCCCGAGAGUUCCCGGGAGAGUUCCAAGCGUGUUCUAGAGUGAGUUCUAGACAGCGUUCUAGAAUAUUUUCAUCGGCCAUAGGAUCCGUGGGAACUAGAGCCAGACAGCAGGAUGAGUGCCACUGAAGACAUAGCAAAGGACUACUAUGACUACCCUGAUUGGAACAUGGAGAACGCUGUGCCUACCAAGGUCCCGGUUGAAGUAAUCCCACCAUGUGACCCUACAGCUGAUGAUAGACUCUACCACAUCUGCAUCUCUGCCAUUUCUCUGGUGGUCAUGUUGAUCCUAGCAUUCCUUGCCAGGAGGAGGAAGCUGGCGGAUGGGCAGAAAAGAGUCCCAGGGUUACUCAGCCCAGUGAACUUCCUGGACCACACGCAACACAAGGGCUUAGCUGUAGCAGUGUUUGGCGUGCUGUUCUGCAAACUGUUUGGUCUGGUUAUCGCCCCAAACCCUCUUCCCUUCACCACAGACCAAGCCAACAAACAGUACUGGAUUAUUGUCUCGUUGUUCUACUACCCUGUUCUGUACCUUCCUCUCCUGGCCUGUGGAACGCUACGUAACGCCGUGGGGUACGUUCUGGGGUCCCUGCUUUCCUGGACUCACUUUGGGGUGCUCGUCUGGCAGAAGGCCGACUGCCCCAAGACACCAGAGAUCUAUAAGUACUACUCCCUGUUGGCCAGCCUGCCCCAGAUCUGUUGCCUGGCCUUCCUCAGUUUCCAGUAUCCUCUGCUGCUGUUCAAGGGCCUGAAGGGGACAGAGAAAACCACCACUGGCGAGGACCUGAGCAGCAGCUACUACAAUGACUACGUCAAGAAUAUACUGAAGAAGAAGAAGCCUUCCAAAACCAGUACAGAGAAGCCCACACUGGCGGAGAGGAUAACUGACGCUGUGAAGUCCUACAUGUACACACCAGAGGAAGUUUUCCGGUUCCCUCUGAAGCUGGCGAUAUCUGGAGUAGUGUCGUUUACUGCUAUUUACCAGAUGGCUUUGGUGUUUGUGGCUAGCGUCGUGCCGACGCUCCAGAUUGUCCGUCAAGGCGUCAACGAAGACAUCGCCUUCCUACUGGCCGGUUUCAACAUCGUAUUAUCAGAGGACAGGGCCGAAGUCGUCCGGAUAGUGGUCUAUUACAUGUGGUGUGUAGAAGUGUGCUACCUCUCUGCGAUGACCCUGUCCUGCUCAGUGAACCUGCUCAUGCUCAUGAGAUCCAUGGUCCUGCACCGGUCUAACCUAAAGGGGCUGUAUAGAGGAGACAUCUAUAAUGUAUAUAACUGCCAGAGGAGUAUCAGACCAUCUCGUCCUGCCCUGGUCUGCUGGAUGGGAUUCACCAGCUUCCAGGCUGCUCACAUCUGCUUAGGUAUGCUGAUCCAGACCAUAGUGUUCUUCCUGUGUCUGCUGAUCGCUGUGUUCCUCAUCAUCAUCCCCAUCUUCCACGGACAGAACCUCAUGCUCUUCAAGGUCCUGGGGAACAUGUGGCCGUUCUGGUUGACGCUGUUCUCAGUUGUAGUGGUCCAACAUGUCACCACCAGGUUCUGCUUCAUUAAGAAGUCGACAGGGACACGGGACCUCUACAACAGGGGUAGUCUCUUCCUGCUGACCUACCUCUUGUUCCCCGUCAACGUUCUGAUUGGCGUGGUGCUGGGGGUGUGGCGGCUGGUCAUCACGGCCCUGUUCAAUAUCGUCCACCUGGGACGCAUGGACAUCAGCCUCCUCAACCGCAAUGUAGAGACCUUUGACCCCGCCUAUCGUUGCUAUGCUCACUAUCUAAAGAUUGAAGUGAGUCAGAGUCACCCGGUGAUGAAGGCCUUCUGUGGGAUGAUGCUGCAGUGUGCCAGGCAGGACGAGGACGAGAAGAAGGCCCGAGACGCAGAGGAAGGCAUCCAGCUAGUCAAUCAAGAGAAGAAGCCGCAGCAUAAGGUAUCCAUCUCUAAACGGGCACGGGGCCACUGGCAGCUCCUCUACACCCUGGUCAACAACCCCUCGCUGGUGGGCUCCAGGAAGCACUUUCAGCGUCAGAGCAGCGAGAGCUUCUUCAACGGAACACUCAACUGGGCUGCAAAGGAGGGGAUCAAGAAGGAGGCAGGAAACACGGAGGCAGGGAAGGAAACGGAGGCAGCGACUAACUGAGACUGAAGCUGUCUCCCAGGCUUGGGGUCAAUUCCAUUCCAAUUCAGGAAGCAAACUGAAAUUUAAAGCCGCAUUAUGUCACUUUUUGGGUGACCUGACCUAAUUCCCGUAGAAUUGUGAGUCAUAGAUCUGUCAUUCGCAUUGAAAGCCAGUCUAAGAAGUGGUAGCUCUGUUCUGUGUGCUAUUUCUAUGCUUCCCGAUCUUAAGUUUUGGUUUUGUACACCAGCCUCAAACAAGAUUUUUGCUUCUUAAAGAUAUUUCACAGUGGUUUACACGGUUUAGAUUUAUUAUGAUCCCCAUUAGCCGACGCAGAUGGAGACAGCUAGUCUAACUGGGGUCUGAUACCAUGGAGACAGCUAGUCUAACUGGGGUCUGAUACCAUGGAGACAGCUAGUCUAACUGGGGUCUGAUGCCAUGGAGACAGCUAGUCUAACUGGGGUCUGAUACCAUGGAGACAGCUAGUCUAACUGGGGUCUGAUGCCAUGGAGACAGCUAGUCUAACUGGAGUCUGAUACCACGGAGACAGCUAGUCUAACUGGGGUCUGAUGCCAUGGAGACAGCUAGUCUAACUGGGGUCUGAUACCAUGGAGACAGCUAGUCUAACUGGGGUCUGAUACCAUGGAGACAGCUAGUCUAACUGGGGUCUGAUACCAUGGAGACAGCUAGUCUAACUGGGGUCUGAUGCCAUGGAGACAGCUAGUCUAACUGGGGUCUGAUGCCAUGGAGACAGCUAGUGUAACUGGGGUCUGAUGCCAUGGAGACAGCUAGUCUAACUGGGGUCUGAUACCAUGGAGACAGCUAGUCUUAAUGGGGUCUGAUACCAUGGAGACAGCUAGUCUUACUGGGGUCUGAUACCAUGGAGACAGCUAGUCUUACUGGGGUCUGAUACCAUGGAGACAGCUAGUCUAACUGGGGUCUGAUACCAUGGAGACAGCUAGUCUAACUGGGGUCUGAUACCAUGGAGACAGCUAGUCUAACUGGGGUCUGAUGCCAUGGAGACAGCUAGUCUAACUGGGGUCUGAUGCCAUGGAGACAGCUAGUCUUACUGGGGUCUGAUACCAUGGAGACAGCUAGUCUAACUGGGGUCUGAUACCAUGGAGACAGCUAGUCUAACUGGGGUCUGAUACCAUGGAGACAGCUAGUCUAACUGGGGUCUGAUACCAUGGAGACAGCUAGUGUAACUGGGGUCUGAUGCCAUGGAGACAGCUAGUCUUAAUGGGGUCUGAUACCAUGGAGACAGCUAGUCUUAAUGUGGUCUGAUACCAUGGAGACAGCUAGUCUUAAUGGGGUCUGAUACCAUGGAGACAGCUAGUCUAACUGGGGUCUGAUACCAUGGAGACAGCUAGUCUAACUGGGGUCUGAUACCAUGGAGACAGCUAGUCUAACUGGGGUCUGAUACCAUGGAGACAGCUAGUCUAACUGGGGUCUGAUACCAUGGAGACAGCUAGUCUAACUGGGGUCUGACAUAACGAUAAAGACAUUACAGACAAAUUAUUUUACAAUGUAUAUAAAUGUAAAACCCUUAACAUGUAGUGUGUGUGCAUCAGUUCCACGUCAGUAGGUACCGUACAUAACAGGUAGGUCACAUGGUUUAAUGCUUCUCUACUCCGCUUGUUUUGUCACUGUUAGAAACAAGGAAAUGGCAGAGCUCAUACUGCCCCUUUUAAAAUACACAUUUCCUUCCAUUGCUUUUCAAUGAGGGAAAAUUGGAUUUAGAGUUUAAUUUUACUAGCAGAAUUGACUGAAUUGGAAUGGCCUUUGUUGGUGUAUGGAUGGCUCGUGGGCAGAUUAUAACUGGUGUAUGGAUGGCUCGUGGGCAGAAUAUAACUAUAGUAUUAUAUGUCUAUGCAUUGAUCUGACUGCAUUCGUUCAAGUAAGUGCACUUAGGGCCGUAGGUAUUCUGACUUGAGUUUUGUGCGCUUGCCUCUGUUUUUCAUGCAAGUUUCCCAUUGAACCAAUCAAUCAAUGAUCUCUGAUUUGUUUAGAAAAUGGAAAGAUUAGAUGUAAACGUGGUAGACCUUCUAGCUCAGUGCCUCGGGAAGUCUGUCUUCUGAGUGGCUACCUGUCUAGGGCUUGUGUCCUAAAUGGCACCUUAGUUAGUUCCUAUAUAGUGCACUACUUAUCAGCCCUGGUCCAAGGUAGUGCUACACAGUGGGAUCAACCUGGAUGUGCGUUGUCUGUCUCUUUGUUCGCUCUGACGCCCCGACAGAAUCUCUAGUCUAGCAGGAAAGGUAGCGUGACACUGAACUCCUCUCUGACCAUAGCCUGGAAGCCUAACUGAUACACUCCAUUUCACCACUGGAAACAGAACUUAUCAUCUUGGAAUCCAGGCUAGUUUGACCAUGUAUACGUGGGUUAGAAUGUGACUAUUUAUUAAUAUACAGACUGCUCUGUAAUGGAAGAUUAUAUAGUAGCUGUUAAUUUUCAAUGUUACACUGACUGGUGUAAAUAUCUAUUGUAUGCUGGAAGCCAAACUGAAUUGUUCCAAAACGGUACAAUUCUGUUCUGAUUCCAGGCUAAUAACUAAUAUCUAUGUUGAAAAUGUAUGAAAUUGUGAUUAAAAUGUAGACAGAUGAAACUGUUUACUUGACCUCUUUGCUGUAGUUCACCUUGCACCUCUUAUAAAAUAUCUCUACUAUAAUUCCGCUGAUAUUGUUUUGGAUUGUUAUUUUUGUCAAUUUAUAGUUGUGAAAAUGUAGCUUCAAUGUUAUGUGUGCAGGAUCAUCUACUUAUUCUCUUUGUGUGUUGCGGCAUAUUGUGACAGUGACUCGAGUAGCUUUUGAAUGAAAUAAAUACAUUUAUGGUAUGAUUAACAUGAAAUUAAAACGAAAGAUGACGAACGA